AUGACGGGCAACGGCGGAGGACCUUCCUUCAGUCCCAUCCUCCAAGUCCUCGAUACCAAGCAAGUUCCGGGACCCCAAGGAAGUGUGCGCUAUCGGAUUGUCCUGUCCGACGGCAAGCACUACAUUCAAGGCAUGCUCGCGACCCAACUGAACCACAUGAUUGCUACUAAUCUCAUUGGUGCCAACACGAUAGUGCAAGUCGAGCAAUUCAUGUCCAAUCGCGUCAAGGACCGCACCGUCAUUAUUCUCCUCAACGUGCACGCCCUCCGCAACGAACCCUCCCGCAUUGGGGACCCGCAGGACAUUGAAAAGGCGCAAAUUGCAACCCCGGGAACCAAUUACGCCACCGGAAGCUCCGUCCCACCCGUCAAGACCGGGAGUCCCAAUCCCUACGGAGGUCCUUCCCGAAACCCACACCACGCUUCCCCCGUGCGGUCCUCCCACGCACCGAUUGUACGCGAUACCGUGAACGGAACACCCAUCACCAACAUUAGCAAUCUCAACAUGUACGCCAACAAGUGGACCAUUCAAGCCCGCGUUACUUCCAAAUCAGAUAUUCGCACCUGGUCCAACGCCAAAGGCGAAGGUAGCCUCUUUUCCGUCGAACUACUCGAUCAAACGCAGGAUGUCCGGGCUACCUUCUUCAAGGAAGCCGUCGACAAGUUCUACAGCUUUUUGCAGAUCGGAUCCGUCUACACAUUUUCCGGUGGACGUCUCAAGGUCGCCAACGCACAGUACAAUACCUGCCAGAGCAAUUUCGAAAUCACUUUUGAUCAGAACUCCGAAAUACACCUCGCCAACGACGACGGAAAUAUACAACGGCAGCACUACGAAUUCAUCGACAGCAUCGCCGGUCUGGAGCGUACCGAACCCAACACCAUGGUGGAUCUGCUCGCCGUCGUACAGGCGGUCGGAGAAGUCGCCACGAUUGUCAGCAAAAAGUCGGGCCAGGAGCUCACCAAGUGCGAUUUGACCCUCAUCGACACCUCCGCCACGCAAAUCACCCUCACUCUCUGGGGAGACAAGGCUGCCUCGGCACUCACCGACUACAACCAACAACCCGUCGUCGCGAUCCGGCGCGCACGCGUCAGCGACUACGGCGGACGUAGUCUCUCCCUCUCCGGAUCCAUCGAAACCAAUCCGGACAUUCCCCAAACCGCGCCCUUGCAAACGUGGUGGCGGACCCAAACCGCCAACGGCGGUGUCACCGGGAAAUCUCUAUCCGCCACCCGCGGCGGAGCCGGCGUGAUGGAAAGUUUGGAACAACGACAAACCAUUGCCGACAUCAAGAAUAACAAUCUGGGUUACGCCGGCGACAAGCCCGAUUGGCUGACGUUCAAGGCCACCGUUUCCUUUUUGAAAAAAGACAAGGAGGGGGGUUCGUGGUACCCAGCCUGUGCCAACGCCGGGGAACCCUGCAAAAACCGGUACAAGGUCACGCAAACGACCGACGGCAACUGGUACUGCGACAAGUGUCAAGGCUCGUUUCCCACCUGCGUCCGGCGCUGGAUCUUUUCCGGGGUCGUCGAAGACGACACCAGCUCUACCUGGGUCAGUUUCUUCAACGAACAGGCCGAAACACUGCUCGCCGGCGCCACGGCCGACCAAGUCUACGCCGAGACCUAUCAGGAUCAGCAAGAUCAGGACGCCUACGACUCGUACUUUGCCAAGGCCAACCACACGGAAUGGAUCUUCAAAUGCAAGGUCAAGAACGAAAUGGUCAACGAAGAAUCCCGCGUCAAAACCAGCGUCGUGGCCAUGCAACCCGUCGACUUUGCCAAGGAAUCCCGCGAUCUCCUGUCGGCCCUGGCCAAGUUUUAA